CCAGGUUCUCUCAAAGCUCCACGCGAGGCAGGCGGUAGGCGCGUACCACACCCGAGCUCUUCCAAAAAAAGUGCCAAUCUAGGAGUAAAGAUGUACAGAACUACAAGGUCUCCAAUGAUGCAGCCACUGGUCAACUCAGGAAUGGGCAUGGCUCCUUUCUUCAAGGUGACUGUCUUCGAGCAGGAGCACUUCCAGGGAAAGUGCCUGGAGUUCACCUCCGAGUGCUGCAACAUCCAGGAGUGCGGCCUGGACAACAUCCGCUCCAUCAGGGUGGAGAGUGGAGCCUGGGUGGGCUUCGAGCACCACGACUUCCAGGGCCAGCAGUUCAUCCUGGAGAGGGGAGAGUACCCCCACUGGGACGCUUACAGCGGCAACAUCUCCUACCACGUGGAGCGCCUCAUGUCCCUGCGCCCCAUCUACUGCGCCUCCCACCAGAGCAGUCGCAUGAUCAUUUUCGAGAGGGAGAACUUCAUGGGCCGCAGCGUGGAGCUCUGUGACGACUACCCCUCCCUUCAGGGCAUGGGAUGGAUGAUGCCCGAGGUUGGCUCCAUGCACGUGCAGUGCGGCGCCUUCGUGUGCUACCAGUACCCCGGCUACAGGGGCCAGCAGUACAUCAUGGAGUGCGAGAGACACAGCGGAGACUACCAGCACUGGAGGAACUGGGGCUCCCACUGUCAGACCCCCCAGAUCCAGUCCAUCAGGCGCAUCCAGCACUGAGAGGAGGAGGAGAACAGGCUGAGACUGAGACCCCCGCCCCCUUCACCCACAACCCCUUCAUCCCUUUCUUUCUUGCUCUCUUCAAUCCUUUCCUUCCUCCUGACUUUAGCCGCCCCGACCUGACAACACCGCUACCCACCACUGAUCCACAGCCGCAGCCAGAGUGCGAUAAGAGACAAUAUCGCAUGGUUAAAGCACAGGGAAACUCGCGCUCCACACACGCACAUCCACAUAGCUGACACUCGCACCGUGUCUUUUUAUUUGAUCUAGAGGUCCCUUCGCACUCGCACACAAACGCGCAUCUGCACUGUGCUCUCACCUGAGCAGAGGGAGUCAGACGGAGGGGGAGGUGAAGCUCCAGCAGGGCGCCAUGUUCAGGAAAAACCUCUGUGUGGUGCAGCUCAGAUGUGUUUUGUUGUUGUGUGUAGGAGGCUGGUCCACAGGUUGAUAUCGAAUAAACUCAUUUUCACUUCA